GUACGGAACUUGUGUAAGCAAACAUGGAACAUUUGAACUCUUCUGCUUUAUUUUCCAAAUAUAAAGUUUGCACCAAACUCAACUGUUGCUUCGAGUGGGCGUUUCGCUUCGGCUUUUCAUGACAACGCGGAAACUGGUCGUGUAAAUGGAUUUAUGUUUAUUGUGAAUGGUUUCAAUAGGGAGUAAAUGGAGAAUGAUGACGGAUUAUUCGCGCACAGCUGUCCGGACUGGAUGUCGGAGCUUCCUCGGGGUCUCUGGGAUGUCCCGCUGUGGAAUCUCGCUAUACCCGGUAUGUCCCGCUGUGGAAUCUCGCUAUACCCGGUAUGUCCCGCUGUGGAAUCUCGCUAUACCCGGAAGUCAUGACACCAUGACCUACUGCUUGGACCAGAAGUCUUCUGUGCUUCAGUCUGAACCAAAAGUACUGCAGGUGUUGGAUACAUUACUACCCUGUUUCGUCCGACCAUGUAUAAUGAAAUGGGCAACAUCCCAGGAGGACAGUAUUUGUAAACAGCUGGAUUCAGGCAUGCGGUUCCUUGAUCUCAGGAUAGCUCAUAAAUCAAAAGACCCUGAUAAAGUUUUCUACUUCGCUCACGGGAUCUACUCUCUCGUGACAGUGAAGGAAGCGCUCACAGAAGUGGCUGAAUGGUUAGACCAGCAUAGCAAGGAAGUGGUCAUCAUGGCAUUUUCUGCAUUCGAUGGCGUGAACUUGGAUCAACACAAAGACCUCAUUCAGUUUCUCAUAACAACAUUUGGCCAAAAAAUUUGCCCAAAUUCUGUCACACCGUCACUACGGGAGUGUUGGAAUCGAGCUUUUCAGGUUAUUUUAUCAUAUGACGACUCGGCUGCAUCUGUUCAUGAGGAGCUCUGGCCAAAGUUUGACUACUGGUGGGCAAACACAUCAGAUCCCAACCGAGUCGUAUCCUACCUGGACAAAAGAAAGGAGGAAGGAAGACCAGCCGGUUUCUUCGCAGCUGGUCUGAAUCUAACCGAGAAUGCCGGGUAUAUUCUGUCCCAUCCGUGUCAGUCAUUGAAAGGCAUGACCCUGAGCUCGUGCGGUCUGUUGAUGGACUGGGUCAAACAGCAGAGGCCGGGGUCAGGCAGUACCUGCAUCAAUGUCAUCUGUGCAGAUUUUGUGAGCACGUACAGUAAUGAAUUUACUCAGCUGGUUAUCGGACUCAAUCAAAUACUCUUAAAAGAGACCUGAUCAAUACAUAUGAGACUAGUGUGGUUCAUAAAAACGUAGCAUGUUUUACUUUUACUGUAUAUUCUAAAAUAACUUUACCACUUUGACAAAACAACUGAUUUUUUUUUGAGAUAAAUGCAUUUUUUUGUUUUUAAUUACGCUGCCUAAUCUGUGACUAUGUUUGUGUUCCUAAACUGGAAAAUGUUUUGUGCAACGCUUCCAUCUAGAGGCAAUACAUAGGUAGGCUCGUCUGGUUUGAAGACAUGGGCCUUUAAAAAUAUUUCUAAUAGUUUAAAUAAAUGAAAGCUUAAAUCUUA